AUGGACGCCGAGUCAACUCAGUUCCAGCAAGCACAACUCGCGGCGAUUAUGGGGCCGGACCCGGUGCCCUUCGAAACCCUAAUUUCCCAUUUGAUGUCCUCCUCAAAUGAGCAGCGAUCCCAGGCCGAGUCAAUCUUCAAUCUGCUCAAGCAGACCGAUCCCAACUCACUAGCCCUCAAGCUUGCGCACCUCCUGUCGUCAUCCCCUCAUCAUGAGGCCCGUGCCAUGUCCACCAUUCUUCUCAGGAAGCAGCUGACUCGGGACGACUCGUUCAUCUGGCCCCAACUCAGUGAUGCGACUCGCUCAGCAGUUAAGAACAUCCUCCUCUCCUCUAUCCAGCGGGAGGAUUCCAAAUCCAUCAUAAAAAAGCUAUGCGACACCAUAUCGGAACUCGCCUCAUCGCUUCUCCCAGAAAAUCAGUGGCCGGAAAUUUUACCCUUCAUGUUUCAAUGUGUAACUUCCGAUUCCCCAAAGCUACAGGAAUCUGCUUUUUUGAUAUUCUCCCAAUUAGCCCAGUACAUAGGGGAUACAUUAAUUCCAUUCAUAGUGGAUUUGCACACCGUCUUUCUAAAUGUGUUGAACAAUUCUCCGAAUCCUGACGUGAAAAUUGCGGCCUUGAGUGCGGUCAUUAAUUUCAUUCAGUGCUUGACGAGUUCAAAUGAUCGCGAUCGAUUCCAGGAUUUGUUGCCUGCGAUGAUGAGGACCUUGAUGGAUGCAUUGAACUCCGGACAGGAGGCAACCGCCCAGGAAGCAUUGGAGUUGAUGAUAGAGUUGGCUGGAACUGAGCCCAGGUUUCUACGCAGGCAGAUUGUAGACGUGGUGGGGUACAUGUUGCAGAUAGCCGAGGCCGAGAAUUUUGAAGAGGGCACAAGGCAUUUGGCAGUAGAGUUUGUGAUUACUCUCGCAGAGGCACGUGAGAGGGCGCCUGGAAUGAUGCGCAAGUUGCCUCAGUUUAUUGAUAGGCUCUUUGCCAUUUUGAUGAAGAUGCUUGUGGAUGUUCAUGAUGAUCCUGCUUGGCACGGUGCACAAGCUGAGGAUGAAGAUGCUGGGGAGACAAGUAAUUACAGUGUUGGGCAGGAGUGUUUGGAUAGGCUAGCCAUUGCCCUUGGCGGGAACACAAUUGUCCCCGUGGCCUCUGCACAGUUGCAAACUUAUUUAGCAGCUCCAGAUUGGCAAAAGCAUCAUGCGGCUCUCAUUGCCCUUGCACAAAUUGCGGAGGGCUGUUCAAAGGCGAUGAUUAAAAAUUUGGAACAAAUUGUGAGCAUGGUUUUGAAUUCCUUUCAAAAUCCUCAUCCUCGCGUUAGAUGGGCUGCAAUUAAUGCAAUUGGUCAGCUUUCAACUGAUUUGGGCCCAGAUUUGCAAGUUCAGUACCAUCAGCAUGUUCUUCCGGCUCUCGCUUCAGCUAUGGAUGAUUUCCAAAAUCCUCGAGUACAGGCACAUGCAGCCUCAGCCGUGCUUAAUUUCAGUGAAAAUUGUACCCCAGAAAUUUUAGCGCCUUACUUGGAUGGAAUAGUGCACAAGUUGCUUCUACUUCUACAGAACUCCAAACAAAUGGUGCAAGAGGGGGCCCUAACUGCUUUAGCUUCAGUUGCUGAUUCAUCGCAGGUGCACUUCCAGAAAUACUAUGAUGCGGUUAUGCCGUACUUGAAAGCUAUCUUGAUGAAUGCUACUGACAAGUCUAACCGCAUGCUUCGUGCCAAAGCCAUGGAAUGCAUUAGCUUAGUUGGGAUGGCGGUUGGAAAGGAGAAAUUCAAGGAGGAUGCCAAGCAGGUCAUGGAAGUGCUCAUGUCAUUGCAAGGAUCUCAAAUGGAGACAGAUGAUCCAACUACAAGUUAUAUGCUACAAGCAUGGGCCAGGCUAUGCAAGUGCUUGGGACAGGAUUUUCUUCCUUACAUGAGCGUGGUCAUGCCUCCUUUGCUUCAAUCUGCUCAGCUGAAACCUGACGUGACUAUAACAUCUGCUGACUCAGACAAUGACAUCGAUGAAUCAGAUGAUGAGAGUAUGGAGACCAUUACCCUAGGGGAUAAAAGAAUUGGGAUCAAGACUAGUGUCCUAGAGGAGAAAGCCACAGCUUGCAAUAUGCUAUGUUGCUACGCUGAUGAGUUAAAGGAAGGUUUCUACCCAUGGAUUGAUCAGGUUGCCCCAACAUUGGUUCCACUGUUGAAAUUUUAUUUCCACGAGGAAGUCAGGAAAGCUGCUGUUUCAGCAAUGCCGGAGCUAUUACGUUCUGCAAAGUUGGCUGUAGAGAAAGGGAUGGCUCAGGGCCGUAAUGAUACAUAUGUUAAGCAGUUGUCUGACUAUGUAAUACCUGCUUUAGUGGAAGCUUUACACAAGGAACCUGAUACAGAAAUAUGUGCGAAUAUGCUGGAUGCGUUGAAUGAAUGCCUGCAGAUUUCUGGACCACUUCUAGAUGAAAACCAGGUUCGAAGUAUCGUGGAAGAGAUAAAACAUGUGAUCACAGCUAGCUCUAGUAGAAAGAGAGAUAGAGCUGAGAGAUCCAAAGCUGAAGAUUUUGAUGCUGAGGAGGGAGAACUGCUUAAAGAGGAAAAUGAGCAAGAAGAAGAUUUAUUUGAUCAAGUUGGUGAAAUCUUAGGAACUUUGAUUAAAACGUUCAAGGCUUCUUUCUUACCUUUCUUUGAUGAACUGUCAUCAUAUGUGAUGCCUAUGUGGGGAAAGGAUAAAACAGCUGAAGAGAGAAGAAUCGCAAUUUGCAUAUUCGAUGAUGUAGCUGAGCAGUGCCGUGAAGCAGCUCUAAAGUACUAUGAUACCUAUCUUCCUUUUCUUUUGGAAGCGUGCAAUGAUGAAAGCCCAGAUGUCCGACAGGCUGCUGUAUAUGGGCUUGGUGUUUGUGCAGAAUUCGGUGGCUCUGUGUUUAAACCACUUGUUGGAGAGGCUCUUUCGAGGCUUAAUGUGGUUAUCGGGAACCCGAAUGCUAUGCAACCUGAUAAUGUGAUGGCAUAUGAUAAUGCGGUUUCUGCUCUGGGAAAGAUAUGCCAAUUUCACCGUGAUGGCAUUGAUUCAGCUCAGGUAGUCCCUGCCUGGUUGAGCUGCUUACCUAUAAAGGGUGAUCUUAUUGAAGCAAAAGUUGUUCAUGAGCAGCUUUGCUCAAUGGUCGAGAGAUCCGAUAGGGAACUUCUGGGUCCCAACAAUCAAUAUCUCCCCAAAAUUGUUGCCGUAUUUGCUGAGGUUCUAUGUGCAGGUAAAGAUCUUGCUACCGAGCAAACUAUUAGUCGAAUAAUUAAUCUGUUGAGGCAGCUUCAACGGACACUACCACCAUCAACUCUUGCCUCUACAUGGUCAUCCUUGCAGCCUCAGCAGCAACUUGCACUACAGUCAAUUCUUUCAUCUUAG